AAAAAAACAAGAAAAAGACAAAUAUAGGGAUAAGCCAGUUGUGAUUAAUAGGAGGAUCGAGUGAAAUCGUGUGUCGCACGGUGGCUCUAUUUUAUUCAUACUUUUUAGGAAGAGAACAGGCGAAGAAGGUAGGAUAAUAUGCAGAACCAUAAACACUAUCCGAUUAUCGAAUUAAUCGAUCGUCGUACGGAAAAUUAUAUAUUUACAUAAUAGCAGCUACCUCCGUAGUUUCCUCUAAUAUCCUUCGCUUCGCCCACACGCAAAAUCGUUGAUUACCGUCAUUAACCUUACGUACGCUUACACGAUAUCUCGUAGUUUGAUUUCAAAUUGCUGCUGCUUUACUUCUAGUGCUACUUCAAUUACUCCUAUUACUCUACUAUUGUUAUUGUACUGCUACUGUUGUUGUCACUAGUGUUACUACGCUUUUAGACAAAAAGAACAAACGUGUCAACAUAGGAUUAUAUAGCGAGAGAAACUUUCGCAAUUGCGUCACAGAUAUUUUUGGAAAUUUUAAUUAAUACUAACUUUUAUGGAAGCUAUAAAUAAUACCAUGAAUAAAAAUGGACCACCACCUCCGUACGAUCAACCUCCAUUGGCACCGCCUAGUUACUCCCAGUGUGUGGGUGGCGUACCGCCGGCAAGUCCAUUUACACCAGCUGAAACAUAUGUAAGUGGACCUACAAUAGUAACAACGAUUGUACCUCUCGGUCCUGACUCUACCCAUACAAUAUGCUCACACUGUUAUGCUGAAAUAGAUACGGCAACGAGAACCGAACCUGGAAUGAUAGCAUAUAUUUCAGGAUUUAUAAUUGCGUUACUGGGCUGUUGGGCAGGCUGCUGUUUGAUACCGUGCUGUAUCGAUGAAUGUAUGGAUGUGCAUCAUACAUGCCCAAAUUGUAAAGCUUAUCUUGGUCGUCAUAGAAGAUAGGCAAAUCGAAAUUAUACGGAUAUUUUGUCAACAUGGUAUUUGUUGAUGUUUUGCUGGAGCGCUUGGAUGCAUGUGCACAUUUACAGAAAAGCUUAGUUUCCUCCAUUUCUCUUCGAAUGUAAAUCAAAUUUUUGUCAAUCAUAUUUUGCACUAAAAACAUUCCUAAUGUACAAGAUUAUCACAUUAUUAUGAGAUACUUGUAAUAUCGAGAAUAUUGGAAAUUUUACAUAAAAAAAGAAAAGAAUUCAAUUUUAAUGUUGGAUCUCGCAUAAUAUAA